ACCUGCCGCUUCUGCUACUUCCUCCUCUCCCCACCGCGUCGCCAUCCGUCCCCUCUUUAGCAUUUGAUCAGUUCCAGGACAAAUGUCAUUUACAGUGUUUGAAUCUUAUUAAUCGUCGCUUCAACUCCUAUAACCGCAAUCGAGCGCUGCAACUCUACGAUCGAGCACUGUUACUCUCAGAGCUGCCGGAGUUUUGGCCACGGAAGCCGAUGAAGCUCCUCGUGUGCUUCCCUUUCAGCUUCAGUUCGACCAACCAGUUGCCUCUCAGAUUAAAAUUUCUGAGUGGAAUCCGGAAAAAGGACUUACUCGCUAUGGUUACCUAAGAUUCAAUCGGCAGUGACUAUGGACGAUUUCUCCUGGAAGGUGCAUUACAUCUUUAUGUUGGUGUCCUGAUGGUAAAGCAAUAGCUGUUGGGCUUGAGGAUGGAACUAUUUCAUUGCAUGAUGUCGAAAAUGGAAAUUGUUCCAAAGUUUAAAGUCCCAUACUGUUGCUGUUGUGUCUCUAAACUGGGAGGAGGAUGGACAACUAAUUAGGGACGAUUUUAAUGAAAUCUCAACAUAUGAGAACUGUACUUCUCACUUUUUCCCUCCUGCUCCAAGAGUUCCUUGGAUGCCUGGACUUGUAUCUGGAGAUACUGGCUUCAUGGAUGAUAGUGAGGAUUCAUUCCAAAAGCUGUCAGAGUGUUCAUAUCAACGGUUUAAUAUUAUGUGCAGUGGAGAUAAUGAUGGAAACAUUUUCUUUAGCAUAGUUGGAAUUUUUCCCAUUGGGAAAAUUAGCCCAGAAUAUACACAAGUUGUCCAUUCCUUCUUCCCUCAUGGAUGAACAAGCUUCUUACAGAUUUGUAAAUGGUUCCAUUUCAAAGGUUGCUUGGUCAAAAGACCUUUGUCAUUUGAUAGUUAUGUGCGCUAGAGAACUUAAUGAAGAUAAUCUUGAAUCAACAGAGAGGCAAAUGGGUGGACGUGGUAGAGGCUUGCAUUGCUUCCUAAUGGAUACUUACAUAUUUUGGAAAAGGUAACUUUCAAGAGAAGCUUGGAUUACAAAUUCAUUAGUGUUUGGAUUUUAUUUCAUUCAGAUUCAGAUUCAGAUUCAGAUUCCUAGUGCUUCUUGCUCUAGGUUUUACAGCAAACAAGCUGCUUAUUUAUUAUAAUAUUUGGGCAUUGUAUGAUAAAUCAGAGUCAAUAAAGGAUAUCCUACCCACUGCCUUAUUUUGUCAUCCUUGGUUGGUUCUCUGCCUUUUAACCUUUCUCUUCCAUUCAGGAAAUAUGAGCUCCAUCAGGAUGCUCAUCAGGCUUCUAACAUUGAGGACUUAAUUCAGGUUAUACAUGCAUCAUUCUCAGUUAUGCGCAAGCAGUGGUCAGAUGCCAUGCAUAAUUUUCAUGAGAAGUUUGAUUCUUUAUCUACUCUAAUUGUCAACCAUGGUAAAUGCUAAUUAGAGUACUACAUGAUAGCUUAGUACUUAAAUUUUCAAGUCGUUGUUUCUCUAUUCGCUAUUUUCUAUCAUAUGCAAGUAGCUCUGGAUUCAUCUCCUCAAGAGGAGUUUCUAAGCCUCCUAGGUGGUGCUCACGCUAGUCCUCCAGUUCAUCAAUUUCUUGUUUACUCUCUUGGUGAAGCUAUAAACUUACAUUAUAUGAUAUUUUCCUUACAUGAAAGGAAACUGGUAUUGUAAUGUUGUAUUGAACAAUAGAUUUCUUACUCAAUAGGGGGUGAAGCGCAUAUCAAAGGUUGUCUGUGGUUCUGGAAAAGAACUUCGGCAUAUUAUCCUCAAUCAUCUUCAGGUGCCGUAUUAAAUUUCUUUUUCGGAAUGACUUGUUGCACGAUCCUUUAUGUUGUAGAAUAUCUUUCAUUAUUUUGGCUUUCAAAAGAUCUAUAAUUUGGGUUCAUAAAUGAUUGCAUCAGAACAUGAAAUUUGUAAUUCACAAGCUGCUGCUCUCCUUCAUGUUUAUGCAAUCUGGCUGCUGAUAUUUCUGGUAUAGUCUAGUCAGACUCAGAAUUAUGA